AUGGCGACAGCGACAAGUCAGGGUCGUGAUCCGCUGUUCGUGUCUUCUUCCUCCUCCUCAUCAAAAUCUGUUCGAGUGGCAGCGAUAAGGAUUAGGUUUGCGGAUAUCAUUGUUAAGUCGAGUCGUAACAAGUCUGAGGCAAUGACGAAGAUCAGAAGAGAGAAGCAGAAGAAGCAGCUUCAAGAAAAAUCAAGAAUGAAAAUCAGACAAGAGGCAAGGCUUGCGGUGCUGAAGGUGGAAGAAGAAGAAGAAGCAAGAUCCGAUUGUAAGUACCAAAAUCCUCUGUCUGUCGAAAAAGAACUGUUAAGUCUCAUUGGCGGUUCCCGUCGGGCAAGAGAUCGAUCUUUGCUUAAACAGUUUGGGUUGGUUUUAAAACACGAUGUGGAUGAUGAUGUUCUUGAUGAUCUUGAGGAAGAUCUAAGGGAUGACAAACUGUUCUUGAUUGACCACCAUGUUGCUGUACAUGUUUCAAGUGCUCAGGACAAAAGAUUUAACUUUGUUUCUCUGCCGAAAAGGUACGCAAUGACUGGAACAUUGAGCACAAAGAGCGACGUGUACAGUUUUGGCGUUGUUCUGUUGGAGCUCCUUACUGGUCGUAAACCAGUCGACCAUACCUUACCUCGUGGACAACAAAGUCUAGUGACAAUCUUGGUUCGAGAAAGCGAGCGCUUUAAGCGCCAAGGCGCAAAGCGACCCUAA